GGGAAAUCAACUGUGUAUUUAGAGAGACACAGGAUGAUGCAAAUGCAAACAUGAAAGUCCAAGACCUGCACUGAGAUCUCCCACUCAUUUGUACACAACAGGAAACAUGAAUUUGUGCUUACAGCAAUCUUAUGCCUGUCUGCGCCCUAAAUGUUCGCCCCACAAAAACCCUAAACCCCGAAUCAAGAACCCUAAAUCUCCCUUCCGCAAAUCCUAUCCAACCCCGCUCUUGAUCAACCGAAACGACAAUGUCCAGUCGAGGCUUCAGGGGCUCGAAUCUGUGGUCUCCAAUUUGGAAUCCUCCAUGAAAAAUGGCGUCUCCAUCAACGAUCCCCAAAUCUUCGCGUCGCUGCUGGAAUCAUGCUUCCAAUUAGGGGCCACGAAUUACGUUUCCAGAAUCCACAAAUUGAUCCCGGCGAAGCUGCUACGCAAGAACGCCGGAAUCUCGUCGAAGCUUCUGAGGCUAUACGCUUGCAACGGCGAGGUCGAGAAUGCACACGAGGUGUUCGACGUUAUGCCCGAUCGAAAUUCCUCAGCCUUCCCGUGGAAUUCACUCAUUUCCGGGUACGCGGAGGCGCGCCUGUACGAGGACGCGGUGGCGCUGUACUUCCAGAUGGUGGAGGACGGCGUGGAGCCCGACGAGUACACCUUCCCGAGGGCGUUGAAAGCCUGCGGCGGAAUUGGGAUGGUUCAGGUCGGCGAAGAAAUCCACCGCCACGUGCUCCGGUACGGAUUCGGAAACAACGCCUAUGUAUUGAACGCACUCGUUGAUAUGUACUCCAAGUGUGGCGACAUUCUUAGAGCCAGGAAGGUUUUCGACUCCAUUGAUGAAAAGGAAUUGGUGUCAUGGAAUUCCAUGAUUGUUGGCUAUGCCCAACACGGCCGUGUUGGAGAGGCAUUGUCCCUGCUGCACAAAAUGAUGAUCACCGGAAUCGAUCCCGACUCCGUUACACUGUCCACUCUUCUCAGCGUUUUCUCGGCCACGCUGCGGAAACCGGGAGCUCAGAUUCACGGAUGGAUUGUCCGCCGGGGUAUGGGCUGGAAUCCAUCGAUCGCCAACGCACUGAUUCUUUUCUACUCAAAAGAAAUGACGCUUGCAAAAGCAAGAUGGUUGUUCGAUCAAAUGCCGGAUAAGGAUCGAGUAUCGUGGAAUUCCAUAAUCUCGGCUCACUCCAGCGAUGCCCUCGCCGUGGAAUACUUUGACCGUAUGUUGGAGGGGUUUAAAGGCUUGCCCGACGCUAUUACAUUUAUUGGCGUGCUGUCGGCAUGCGCGCACUUGGGGGAGGUGAAGAAGGGGGAGAGGAUAUUUUCGAUGAUGGAGGAGAGGUUUGGGAUCGAGCCGAGAACGGAACAUUAUGGUUGCAUGGUGAAUCUUUACGCGAGGGCCGGGUUGAUUGACGAGGCGUACGAGUUUGUGGUGAGGAGAAUCGACAACGGGGCUGCCGGUGCCGGUGCGGCGGCGUGGGGGGCAUUGUUGUAUGGCUGUUUUGUCCAUGGAAAUGCUGAAAUUGGAGAGAUUGCUGCAGAGCAUCUGUUUGAAAUGGAGCCCGAAUGUGCAGAAAAUUUCCAACUUUUGGUUGAGAUUUAUGAGAAAAAUGGAAGAUAUGAAGAUGCAGAGAGGAUUAGAGGGAUGAUGCUGGAAAGAGGCCUGCAUGAACUCGGGUAAUGAUCUAUUACAUUUUUUAUUUUAUUUGUCGCUGUAAUUUUGAAAAAUAAUAUAAUAAAAAAAAUAUGUAGGAUAUUUUAGAAAAUUAUUUAGUGAAUAUAUUUAGUUGAUAGUGUAUAUGUGAUAUAAUUUUUUUUAUUAAUAUUAAU